CUCUUGCUUUCCCCCCCCUGUUUCUCUGUCUUCGUACUUUCCUUCUUUCAUCAAUCUUCAUCACUCGCACUCACUGUGAACCCUGGCGGUCACACACGUGUCUUUUCAUAGCGUUCUUCGUCUACUCCAUCGCUGUCUCGCCUUUGUACGGCCAGAGCAUACAAGCCCGCGAGAGUCCACCGCCACUCUACCAAUCCACCCCCACAUCGCUCACCAUGCAUUUCUCUCCGGCCGUCCUCACCCUUCUCUCCCUCGGUCUUGCCAACACGGCAACCGCAGUACCCCUUCGCUCUACGGCGAACGGUCAUCAGAAUCCUCAAGCUGUCCUGGCAGCUCGAGCAUUCCCUGCUGCUCAGGAUCACAUCAUUCAGCACCUCGCUGCCAGAGACCAGGUCCCCGAGGCCGUUCACAAAGCCCUCAAGCAGCUCAACACUCGUCAGACAGAUGUGAUGCAACAGGCCUCCGUCGUAGUGGCCCGUUAUGCUCACAUGCCGCAGAGCGAUGAGCGUACUCGACUCGUCGUUCGCGACCUGGAGCGUCGUGGUAUUCUGGACCAGCUAAUAUCUUCUUUGAAGGAGCUGGUGGACACUCUGCUUGGCCAGCGCGUAUCGCAGCCUCCAAGCAAGCGUCAAGCAGGCAACGUCGGCUCGGUGGUCCAAGAGAUCCUCUGCCUCUUGCAGCAGCUUCUCGGCAACGGCACCGAUCAAUGCAAUUCGGACGACGAUGCCGCCCCUACCAGCAGUGCAGGUGCAAAGAAGAGCAAGGCAACCAAGGGUGCCUCCAAAGCUUCUUCCUCAAACUCGACUUCUGUCGAUGAUGACGACGACAAGCCUGCCUCGGCUUCGUUGGUGCCUGAGGACCAGAUGACUUCUGCCACCGCUACCGGCACUGCUUCGUCUUCCUCUGCGUCUGCAACCGCGGAGAAGAAACAGAAGGAUUCGGAGAAGAGUGGCAAGGGCAAGCAGGCUGCUGCUUCAAGCAGUGCUGAUUCCAGCCCUUCGCCCAAUGCCACUGGUAGCGCCCAAGCUGCCGCCGCGACGGGCAACUCGACCUCGACUGACAGCACCGCCCAGAGCGCUACUGGCUCUGAUGACGGUCCCAGCGCUGCGAGCGCAACGCUUGCCCGUCAGACCAACACCCAACUCGACCGAAGGGACGCGAUGGACCUGGCUCCUCGUCAAUCCGGUGUCACUGGUCUACUGACAGUGCUUAGGAUGCUGCUCGACGCUCUCCUCAACACCUUGUUGCCCAUGUCUACCCGCAGCGAGGACCCAUCCUCGUCAGCUUCGGCUCAGAGCGCCGCGGUUACGGGCAAAGACUGCCCACCCCCUGGCACGCCAAAUGACGGUCAAUACCGACCUGGAUGCCCAGGCUACGGUCGACGUGACCUGGGCGAGCGAGACACCAUCGGCGACUUGCUCGACACUGUUAUGCCCAUCGUCGAGUCUCUCAUCAGCGCCCUCACAAAUCAAGAUGGCGUCGGCGCUGCGACUGCAGGCGCUUCGAAGAGCGCAGCGACCAGCACCGACGACUCCGAUGCGGCCCCGUCCUCAUCGAAGAACAAGACUUUCUCGAGGCGGAUGGCUUCAUGCACGGCGUCCAGAACAUGCAAGCGCGAAGCGUCGAAGAGGUGGCCGAGCUAGCGGGCAACAUGCUCACUCGCCGAGCAGAUCUCCAACCAGUUUGGUCCGAGCUCAAAAAGAUUGGAGACGAAGAGUGGAAGCAUGCAGCGGGAGCAGCAGGUAAGCAAAGACGAGAUGCGGGCAGCGAUUUCGCGCCCGUUUGGUCGGCUUUCUCCGACAUGAUCGAUGAUGCGCUCAACAAGGAUGGUAAGGAUGCAUCUGCUGCCCAACAAGCUGCCGGUGCCAAGUCCAGACGUGGCU